CUUAAAUCUAUAUGUCUUAAUUAGAAAAAAAAUAAAAAAAAAGAAUAAGGAAAUCAAAAUCAAUUGAUGAAGUAGAAAAAUAAGUCAAAAAAUAUAUAACUAAACUUGAAAAAUAACAAAACUUAAUUGAGAGGAGCAACAAUGAGAAUUUUUAACUGCAAUAAGAAAAAUUCAAGAAAAAUUUGUAAAAAUGGGCUAAUAAUUUUAUUAAAACUCAGAGAAUUGUUGACAAAAUGCGUAUUUUACAUUUACAAGGCCAUCUAUGAUAAUCAAUCUUUGAUCAAAAUAAUUCAUAUUACAAUAAAAUUCAUAUUCUA